UUCAGUGUUUUACCAGAAUGCAGGGAUUAGUGGUUCUUUUAGUUUGCCUAGCUGUGGGUUCUGCUUGUGCCGGAUCGGUUGGUGUGUCCAAUGCCGAUCCUUUCGGUCGUGAAGGACGCAUUGUGGGCGGCGUGGAUACCACAAUCCAAGCUCAUCCCUACCAGGUUUCCUUGCAGACCAAGAGUGGUUCCCAUUUCUGUGGUGGAAGUAUCAUCGCUCCCAAAUUUAUAGUAACGGCUGCCCAUUGCCUUCAGAGCAAGAAGGCCUCCAAGGUGUUCGUGCGUGUAGGAUCCACGCUCUACAAUGAGGGUGGAAGGGUGGUGGCUGUCGAGGAUCUCAUUUACAAUGAGAAAUAUAGCUCGAAGACCAUGGAGUACGAUGUGGGCGUACUAAAGUUGGCUGAAGAAGUCGAGGAGAGCGAUGACAUUCGUUACAUUGAACUGGCCAAGGUAACUCCGCCCACUGGAACAACCGCUGUGGUCACCGGUUGGGGUUCCAAGUGCUACUUCUGGUGCAUGACUCUGCCUAAGGUACUCCAGGAGGUUUACGUUGAUAUUGUGGACUGGAAGACCUGUGCAUCGUCUGAGUACAAUUAUGGUGAAAUCAUCUACGACACUAUGGUUUGUGCCUAUGAAAAGAAGAAGGAUGCCUGCCAGGGUGACUCCGGUGGUCCUCUGGCGGUCGGUAACACUCUGGUGGGUAUCGUAUCCUGGGGCUAUGGCUGUGCUUCAAAUUUGCUGCCUGGAGUUUAUGCCGAUGUUCCCUCUUUAAGAGAAUGGAUCGAGUAUACAAUCGAAACUUUGUAGAUAAUUCAAAUAAAUUAUACUGACUGAGCAAGCAUA